AUGACUGCAAUAGGUAAUGCCACUAUGGGUUCUCACGAUGCAGGAGGACAUGCGAUUGGUACAGUGAUUUUAUUUUUAUCGUUUGCUGUCUUGGCUGGGUGCAUAUGCAAAUUAAUACUUUCGCAAGUAUUGAAAAAUAAAUUCCCUGCUCCAUUCACAGUGAUCGUACUAAUUUUUGGCUUCACUGUCGGAAUGAUUAUCUCCCAUACUUAUGGUAUGAGCAAUGAUUUUUUACUUGGUGAAAAAGAAUUGAGAGAAAUUAAUCCUCAUCUUAUUUAUUAUAUUUUUUUUCCGUUGCUGAUAUUUGAUUCUGCUUUUAACAGCCGUUUUCAUGUUAUUCGACCACAAAUAAUAUCUGCUAUACUUCUCGCUGGCCCCGGUGUGCUCAUUUCUAUUACUAUUGUUGCAGUGUUUGCCACCUACAUAUUUCCUUAUCAUUGGUCUUGGCUACUUAGUAUAAUGUUUGGAAGUAUUCUGAGUGCAACAGAUCCCGUUGUUGUUGUGGCAUUACUACACGAAUCAGGAGCGAGUAAAUCAUUAGCAGCAUUGAUCGACCUUGAAUCAUUAUUGAAUGAUGGUUCUGCUUUUGUCAUCUUUAUGAUUUUUCGAGAUAUUGUCGUCGGUAAAAGUGAUGGUGCCAAAAAAAUUAUUAUUGAUAUCUUCAAGUUCACUAUCGGCGGUCCAGUUUUUGGCAUUGCCUGUGGCGUCAUUGCUGUAAUCGCUCUGAAUAUGGCCCAUAAUAAACUUGAAGUUGAAAUUAUAUCGACUUUUGGUCUUGCCUAUUUGAUUUUUUACGUUGCCGAUGUUGAACUCGAGGUUUCAGCUGUCUUGGCACUUGUGGCAAUGGGACUUUUCAUGGCCAAAUAUAAAUAUUGUAUCAGUAGUCAAGUGCAAGUUCCAAUGGCCAAUACUUGGCGCAUCAUUACUGAUUUUGCAAAUAUUCUCAUUUUUAUCAUUACUGGUAUUAUUUUGGCUCACUCACUAAUCGACACGAAAACAACUAUUGUCGCACGUGAUUUUGGAUUUUCUAUUCUAUUGUAUAUUGCUCUUCAUCUUGGACGUCUAUUAUCCGUCAUUGUACUCCAUCCAUUUAUACGCUGGAGUGGUGUGCGUCUAUCUUUGAAAGAACAAAUAGUUCUGAUCUGGAGCGGUUUAAGAGGAACACAAUCCUUAUGGGAUUAA